CCGGCCUCGCCGCCUCCUCGCCGCCCGGACGCGCUCUGAGCUAGGGGCUAGGACGGCCCCGAGACGGACCCCUGGCCAGGUCCCGGGGAGGACGCGAGGACGAACGCCCAACGGAUCCCGGAACAGACGUUGGGACAGACUUCAGGAUAGACCCCGGAUCAGACCGCCCGAGGACUCGGGGACAGACCCCGGGCCGCGAGCGAGAGCGCCCAUGGCCGCGGCCGCGAUGGCCGAGCGGGGCCGCGUGCUGCCCUCCGCCGCGCCCGCGCCGGGCCUGGGCACCGAGGGGCUGCCGCGCGCCUUUCUGCAGAGCCUGCGCACCCUCUUCGACAUCCUGGACGACCGGCGGCGCGGCUACGUGCACCUGUGCGAGAUCGAGUCGCGGUGGCAGGGGGCCGACGCGCGCGAGCUGCCCCACGGUGUGCUUGAGGGCCUGCGGCAGGCGGCCCCGGCCAGCGGCUACCUGACCUUCGAGCGCUUCGUGGCGGGUCUGCGCUUCUCGCUGCUGAGCGCCGAGAGCGGCCCGCGGGGCCCGGCGCGCGCCCCGGCCCAGGCGGGCGGCCCAGGAGCGAGGCCCGCAGAAAAACUGCUGCCGCAGCAACGCCUGCUCUUCGCCCCGGCAGACGAACCGCGCACGGUGCUCGAUAAGAAGGCCCUGCUCCCGGGGGCGCGCCCGCCUCCGUCCGGCCCCUGCUGCGCGGCCCGGAGCCUGGAGAGACUGUGCGGCCCGCGCGAGGCGGCCCCGGGGCCCGCGGAGCCUGAGCGGAGCCCGAGCGUGGACUCUGGUGCAGGGGCCUGCAGGGCCAUGGAGGUGGACACGGGGGACACCCGGCGGGCCUCACGUGUCCGAGGGGAACAUCGGAGACACACCAUCACCAAUGGCGUGGACUGCGACCUACUGAAGCAGCUGAGGGAGCUGGAGCAGGAGAAGGAGGUGCUGCUGCAGGGCCUGGAGAUGAUGGCACGGGGCCGGGACUGGUACCAACAGCAGCUGCAGCGCGUCCAGGAGCGCCAACGCCGCCUGGGCCAGAGCAGAGCUGGCACCGUGAGUGAUGCCUCUGCAGCGGGCGACCAAGACCUCACCACACAUGUGUAUGCACACGUAUAUACACACAGGAACCACCCCCAGCCCAGGCACCCCUGGGAGUCAUGGCUGCUCCCAUUCCAGGGCACAGUGGCUGAACCUCCCACCCCAGGGUGCUGGGACCCCCCUACCAGCAUUAUGACUCCCUCCCCAGCCCCACCCCAUAUAAGGAGGCCUGGGGCUGACCUCCUCAGCACCAGCACCACUGGACUCCCUCUAGGCUCUGAGCAGCAACUAUGGGGGACAGGAGUGCCACCUGUGGGACCCCUAGCUGGCCCUGGUCUGUGGCCACUAGCCCCACUUUCCUUCCAGGACUUGGGGGCUGAGGGAAGCCCCCACUCUCUGGGGCAGCUGCUGCCCAAGGUACAGGAGGUGGCCCGGUGCCUCGGGGAGCUGCUGGCUGCAGCCUGUGCUGGGAAAGGGAGUGCCCCCCCAGAACACCCCAACAGGGCUUUUCCCUGGUCGUCCUCAGGGCCCCCGGGCCCCUCCGCCCUGGCCCCUGCCUCGACCUCAGCCCCAGCCUGGCUUCAGCAGACCAUCCUAAUGUUGAAGGAGCAGAACCGGCUCCUCACUAAGGUGAGGCAUGGGGAGGGGGCGGAGUGGGGCCAGGGUCUGGCUGGCCCUGACCCCCACCACUGCCCACCAGGAGGUGACGGACAAGAGCGAGCGUAUCACGCAACUGGAGCAGGAGAAAUCGGCUCUCAUCAAGCAGCUGUUCGAGGCUCGAGCCCACAGCCAGCAGGAGGCCGGACCCCUAGACUCCACCUUCAUCUAAGGGGCUGCCAGAACGGAGACCGGCCUCUGGCCUGGCACCUGCCCCAAACAGGCACCCCCUUGGGCCCCAUCUCCGGCCCAGGACCGCCGGUGACAUGGACAUAGGCCUGGAGCGGGUGCUCUCUCCUCUCCCUCCCAACCCGGGAUCCCUCGUCCCCUCAGUCCCAGGGAGGCCAGUAGACAGGAGGCCCCCAGACAUGGACGGGGUCCUGGCUUCUGGGUCUGACCUGGGGCGGGGGGGUGUAGCCACAACCUGAAGCUGCUACUGCCACGUCAGAGGAGAGGGGGGACCCUCCUCUGCUACCGCGUCUCAGGCAGCCCCUGGGCAGGAAGGGGUCCGUGGCAGCCCCACUCCCGUGUUUACAAAAGCGCUGUCCCCUCCUCUGAGCCUGGGAUCUGAACCCAGGUCUCCAGUAAAGGUACCCGGCACACUAGGCUGCACUUCCGUCAGCAGCCAGCAGAGGGCGCCCGUCGAGCGCCGAGCAAAGGCCCUUUCUGGAGUCCCCAGGGGUCUCUCAGAUGGGGGUCUGGGGGGUGGGCUGGGAGACCUGAGGGCCCAGUGUGUUAUUGCGUUUGGCUCGGGCCCGAGGGGACCCAGACAAGGUGACAGGUGGGAGCAGAUGGGGAGCCUCGAUAGGAAGGCUCAGCCAGCGCCAGCUUCACUGGGACAGUGGGGUGAUCUGCCAGGAGGGUGGUCCCAGUGCAUGCCCGGGCUGAGGCUGAAGGGGGAUCCACCUGCACAGGAACAGAUUGGGUAGGUUCCAGGAGUAGGGCAGAGAGCUGGGCCUUGCCCCCUCUCCACAGGCACCAGCUUUGAACAAACUAAGGGCUGGAGCUCCAGACAGCCCUGCAGAGCAGCCUGUGACCCAGUUCAGCGCCUUGGACCAGCAGCCUGGUGGGCUGUGCAGGUGUCCCAGCAUGGGCUUCAAGACACAGCUGCUCUCCUCGCCUGGAGAUGACUGUCCCUGGAAAGGUGUCUGCCUGGGCCUCCCGGGUGUGCCCUGAGGCACUUUGUGGGCCAGGCACCUUCAGCUAGGUCCACCCAUGGGAUGCAAGGUCUGGGGGCCUGCACAGCACCCUCCACCCUCACCACACCCAGUGUUGGCCCAGGUUUGGGCCGUAAGGCGAUACUUCCCCCUGAGUGACAGAAAAGGGGAACUACUUGGCACCGGAAGAGGCUGUGGCAGUGUCCCAGCCUGAGUGCUUCCCUGCCCCCUGCACCAGGCCUGCUUCAGUGGACAUGGGCAGAGGAUAGCCUGCCAUGCAUCUGGACCCCAGAAGGGACAUGAGGACCCUCAGCUGAGGUCAUAGCAAUGCCACAGUGGGUUUCAUGCCUGAAGGCCCAGAUGUGGAGUGUGGGCAUGCUUGUUGCAUGGAGACCAAGAGCAUCAGAGGGUGCCCCCCAUCUAGCAGGAGGGGUCCUGGGUGCUCCUUCCCGAGCUCCAGCUCUGUGUGAACUUUCCUAUGGGUGCUCUUAGCCUGCAGGGUGGUUCCACUAAGCACAAGAUCCCUCCAGGAGGAUGGGGUAGGUUCUCCAGGGGGUCUCUGUCACCCCAGACUUCCCGACCAAGCUCAUGGUGCAGGUUAGGAUGGGCAUCCCAUGGCCAAGCCACAGGACCAGAGGCAGAAAGGGAGGGGGUCCUGAAGGACACGGUACCCCCAUGGCCCCCAAUACCCAGCAGGCUUGCCGUGCAGUCAUUAGUCUGGCCCCAGCCAGGGAGAAGCCCCCCAGCCCUGAAAAUUCUGCCCUUCCUCCCAUCCACGGCCAUCCCCCAAUGGGCCCAAGUCCUAAUCACUCCCCCACAAGGGGCCUCCUCUAACAAUUCUCUGCCUAUGGCUGGUGACUUCUGAAACUGAAAAUUGAGGGCACCUCCCCUGCCUCUAACCCUUCCAUGGCCCCUGUCCCUCAGGGCAGACUCUGGCCCCAGCAGGAUCCUCCUCCACAGUCCGUCCAGUGGCUACAUGGGAGCAGCUGGCCUCCCUCCCUGUGGACUCUGCACAUGCUGUUCCAUUGGCCUGGAGCCCGCUGCCUUGCUGUACCAGGCUAGCCCCUUCCCAGCCCCCCACUUCAGACACAGGCACAGAGCAAAGGAAGCCACAGAGGCCAAGGCAGGGAGGCCUCCUCGGCCCAGCCUGGCCGUCGUGCACUCCCCUGGGGCUCAGGAGGUGGGGCACAGACACCGGUACCUCCCCGGAGCCCGAAAUGAGCUCUCCCUGUAGAAGUGGCUCAGGGACACAUGCCUCUUAUAUUUCCUUGGGUUCCCAAACAAAUUUGUCUUUAUUGUGGCAAGAUACACGUAACAUGAAAUUUGUCCUUUUAACCCUUUUUAAGUGUGCAAUUCAGUGGCGCUAACUGCAUUCACAGCACCAUCAUCACUGCUGUCUAUCUCCAGAGAUUUUUCAGCACCCCAGACAGAAACCUUGUACCCGUUACACACCGACUCCCCAUUCUCCCCAGCCUCAGCCCCAGCUUUCUGCCUGUAUGAAUUGAAUUCAAUGUGUUAUUCUUGACCUUGGUGUUCCAUGGAGUGUGGAAAAAUGCCUCCUCCAAGUUGGCAGCCUGACAUCAGGCUGGCUGUGUGGCCCCAGAGACCUCGGGCAGAUUUGAAAGAGGCUCCAGUCUGACGGGGCCCGGGCAACCCCAGGACAGGUGCACGGCUCUCCGAGGCCGGGCUUCUCAGCCUUGGCACAAGCUACAUUCCGGGCUAAGCCAUUCUUUGUUGUGGGGGCUGUUCUAUGUGUGACGGUAGGGCGUUUAGCAGCAUCCCUGGUGUCUUAGUUAUCUAGUGCUGCCGUAACAGAAAUAUCACAGGUGGAUGGCUUAAACAGAAGUUUAUUCUCUCACGGUCUAGUAGAAGUUGAAAUCCAGGGCGUCGGCUCCGGGGGAAGUCUUUCUCUGUCAGCUAUGGAGGAAGGUCCUUGUCGUCAGUCUUCCCCUGGACCAGGAGCUUCUCAGCACAGGGGCCCGUGUCCAAAAGACGUGCUCUUCUCCUGGCACUAGUUUAUUUAUUUUAAAAUUGUGCUUUAGGUGAAAGUUUACAGCUCAAGUUAAUUUCUCACACAAGAAUUUAUACACAUAUUGUUUUGUGACAUUAGUUGCAAUCCCCACAAUGUGACAGCACACUCCCCCUUCUACCCCAGGUUCCCUGUGUCCAUUCUACCAGUUCCUGUCCCUCCCUGCCUUCUCAUCCUGCUUUUGGACAGGAGCUGCCCAUUUGGUCUCAUAUAUCUGUUUGAACUAAAGUACAUUCCUCAAGUGUA